AUGGCUUCCCCUCUAGAUCACUUCAUCUACACAACACUUUUGGCAAACAAUGCACUACCCCUUACGGAUGUCUUUAUUGUAGAUGACAAUGCUACUCUUGAGGGAAACAAGGAGGUAUCAAGCUCCUGUGAUUCGACCUCAAGUACGCUGUCAUCUUCCGACGCAGCUUCAUCGCGAUGGGACAACAAUUGCUGUCCCUCACCCUUGGAGCAUAACAGAACGGAAAAACGAAGCGGAAGCUGCCCACCACGAAUUCCAAGGCGAAGGUUCAGCGACACAAUGCCAAGGAUGAUGCCGAGAUUUCCAGAGCUUUUGGACUUUGAGGAUGAGGAAUUCACAGUCGCUGUCCAACGCAGACCACACCAACCUAGCGAUUCAGAAAAGAAGCAGAUGCGGAAGGUCGCUUCCUGGGACUCAGCUAGCACCGUUUCCUUCAAUCUCCGAUGGCUCCCGAAUUGA